AUGAACAACGAAUAUAAGUGCACCAGCAAGGGGAACAAAGAGAGCGUAGAAAUAAUAUACACAGAUAAUAAGAACAAAGUGCUAAGGAACGAUGGUGUAAGGAAAGGGGAAAUAUUAUAUGAGGAAACGAGCAGGAAAGAAGUGUAUCUUAUGAAUGAGCUUCAUAAUAUGAAAAAUAAUUUGUUUGAUAAUACUCCUUUUUCUAACUAUAUACAUUUUUAUGAAAUAUAUAAUAAUCUAAAAUAUAUAGUAAAAUAUGAAAAAAAGAAAAAAAAAGGACAGUUAUUUUUCAUUUAUACAACUAGUAAAAGAUAUUGUUUUUAUUUUUUAUAUAUAUUUUUUUUAAUAUUUAAUAUAUGUUUAUUAUUUCGACUACAAACUUUAGUUAAAUUUCCUUUUUUUGGAUAUAAUUAUUAUUACAUGUACGAAAUACAUUUUCAUGUAUUUUUUACUUUUUUUGUUCUCACGUACUCUGCUCUUAAUAUUUAUCUCUUUUUUUUUACAUACAAAAAUUUAAUAUAUCAUACCAAUGUUUUGUGCUUAAUUAUAGUACAGACACUAUACAAUACUUAUAUUAAAGAGAAAAACAAAGAGAUUUAUAGGAAUACGGAAAUACUCAUUGAGGGAUGUAAAAGAGUGCUGCAUGCCAUGGGGGAUGGCUCGGAUCAACUCUUCGACAACAAGCGUAAUGACAGUCUUGGCAGUUCUUCCAAUAUUGAAAGUAUUGGCGGUACUCACAAUUUUGCCAAUAAUGGCGGUACUCACAAUUUUGCCAAUAAUGGCGGUACUCACAAUUUUGCCAAUAAUGGCGAUACUCACAAUUAUGCCAAUACUUCCAAUUCGUACAAUUUUGACCAUUCCACCAAUCCUUACAAUUUUCCCAGUGCCGCCAAUUUUGAUAACAUCGUCCUUCUGUAUGCGGAUAGCAUCUUCAAUAAAUUCACUAAUAUAUUUAUGUACAUAAAUAAGGAAUGUUAUAAACGCGGAAAUGUAUCCAGAAACAGUAUUCGUUAUGAGGAUGAUUUUAUAGAGGUUGAAGUUGCCCGACAAGCCGAACGAGCACCUUCGGACCUAGGGGAUGACUUAAUGUCCAGCAACACAGAUAGAAGUAGUAAUGCAUAUAUUCAGGGCAACAACAAAAAAGCAUCCUUUCUCUGUAGACAAAAGUACACCGACGGGAUGCAUGCAAUAAAUAAGGACUUAGUGAAAAAAUUAAAUUAUGCACAAGGUAGAGAAAAUGAAAAAUGUUCUUAUAACAAUGGUAGUAGAAGAAGUAUAUAUAACAUUUUUGGUAAUUCUAUUUACUCAGAUAUUGAUGAUAUAAAUAUAUAUAUGAAAUAUAAAGAGAAUUAUAUUCACUCAUUAAUGAUGGAUAAAUGUAAAGAAAAAUUGAAUUAUAUAAAAUUUAUUUUUUAUUUUAUUCCAUAUGUAAUAAAUUUAUUUAUUAACAUGUUAAUAAAUUUUUAUGUCUUAUUUUCAGUUUAUUAUUAUAAUAAUAGGAUACCUUUAGCUCCAUCUUAUGAGUUAUCUAAAUUACAUAUUCUAAAUAUAUUAAAUUAUAAAGGCAUAUACUACAUUCUAUUCAUAUUUUUUCAUAACUUCUUUUUCUUUUUGUAUUUAUUAUUCCUCUAUAAAUUAAAUACUAUUUACUUUUUCCUUCGACAAAUAUAUAAACAAUGCAAAUACGAGUCCAUAUAUUAUUGCGAACAUGUUAUGAAUGCCAUAUACGAAAAUUUUAUUUUCCCCCAUACUGUACAAGUGCUACUCAAAAAAAAAAGGCCUCAAAAUAGCAGAAACAAAUUAAAAGACAACCAAGAAGAAGCAUACACACAUGAAAAUAAUUUGCAGAAAAGAAUGACGCACACACAAGGCCUGAAGGACCAAUCAUGGUUCGAACAAAGGGAUAACAAGAUGAAUCAGACAGAUCAAGCAGCGCAAACAAAUCAAGCAGUAAAUUUGGCUGAUAGUAAUCCCUUUACUACGAAUACAUCAACGCAUUGUCAAAGGUCAACUCGUGAUAUGCAUUCACAAAAGGGACACACGAAGUGA